AUGAGUGAUCAUAAUCAGUGCAGUGGCGUAAGCUUUGAUCAGGAUAAUCCUGACGAAAUGGAGGUAGGCAUGCAAAUGCCUUCAUCUGGUCGAAAGCGCCUGCAUUCGAGCGGAAGUUCGAGUUCCUCUCAAUCUGACUCAUCCGAUUUAGAGGUAAAAAGGCGGAGAACGGGUGAGUCAGCUUCAGACAUUAAUAAUCUUGUCAAUCAAGUAUCUAUUUUGACUAAUAUUUUAAUGCAAAAUAUGUGUGCAUCGAAUGUUACUGCUAACAAAAGUGUAACGGCAAUAAGUGACGGUCAAUCGAGUAGGCUACCCGUAUCAGAGCCAACACCGGGGCCUAGCACGUCAUGUUUAAAUUUUAAUUUAACACGGCCUGCGGCCGUUCAUGAGAGCUUCGUUAAUAACAUUCCCCGUUUAAAUUUGGGUGUUGUCAAUACAUCCUCUAAGGAACCUAAAGUACCUAAAGCUAAUCCGGAACAUUUGCACCGGCUUGAGGUUUUACAAAGAUUCGGUGAUACAGCUUGGAAAGAUGUUCGGUAUAAUGAUGUGUUAAAAAUCCAUAACGCCGCGCCUGGCUUCGUUGAGCUACAAAUUAAUGAUGAUCUCAGGCAAUUUAUUAAAGGCAAAGAUUACGUAGCAAGUUCUGAAAGAUUAAUAGCUGCUUUAUGCAACGCAUUGAUCUCUCAGCGAGAGGUUCUCAAUCAUUGUUUGCAGCAAUUUAUUGACUGGACAGCUUUACCUGACAGUACGCUGUCGCCUUCAAAUAUUUACGAUAAAAUAUCUGAGUGUUUCCUACCCUCAUCUAAAUUUCAUAAAAUUAGUGAGGAGAUUAUGCAAUUAGUGUGCGGGAAACGGGCGGAAUAUAUUGAAACUCGUAGGGAGCGUAUCCUUAGUGAGAUUUCAAACAAGAAUUUGCGUGAGGGUCUGCGUAAGAUUCCUCCGAGUUCUAGCUUUUUAUUUGACGAAACUCUACUGCGGUCCUAUAUUCAGAAUACGGGUGGAUCAGAUAAAUGGCUUCAACCUUGGUUUUCUUCUGAGAAGAGCCAGGCUGUCAAUAGUCGUAAAGUGCCUAGCAAGCCAGUUCAGCACAAUUUUCGAGACUUAUCAAAUCAGCCCUUUCGUCAAAAAGCUAGCGAGUCAAGUUAUCGGAAAAACCAUAGCACAAGCUCAUUCAAGCAGAACACUAAGAGCAAGAAAUCCCAAGCUCUAUCGUGGUGUGACGCUGCAAGAGAUGCAUCCUGCCCUCGUAUCUGCGGACCGAUGUUAGCAGGAGAACCUGUUUGUGGUUCAGAUGGCUACAUCUACCCUUCACUCUGUGAAAUGAGAAAAAAGACAUGUGGAAAAGGUGUAAAACUAGCACCAGACCAAGGUUCUUGCUCACGUGCCCAAGGCUCUAAAUGUGAGCAUCGUUGCACCGCCGAACGGGACCCCGUCUGCGGUACUAACGGCCGCACUUAUCUCAAUAGAUGCAUGCUGCAAGUUGAAAUAUGCAGAGUGGGCAUAGGUCUUUCUCACUUGGGAGCCUGUAACAACAUCAGUGCGCAUAGAGAGAAUUGUCCCGUCGACUGUUCCCAGGCCCCACUAGAUGGACCAAUCUGUGGAUCUGAUGGAAACGUAUACAAAAGUACCUGUCAAAUGAAGUUGCUGACUUGUGGACAAGGUGUGGUCAGGACCAACAAAAAGCAUUGUCAAACCACUCGGCAUUGCCGUGAGUCGUGCUGGAGAGCGUCGAGGCCGACCUGCGGCUCUGAUGGGAAGCUAUAUGCUAACGCUUGUAGGAUGAAAGCUACUAACUGUGGCAAACAUGUAUUCGAAGUACCGAUGGCGUUUUGUGUGUCUCAAGAAAGGACUUCGGGAGGAGACCCUUGCCCUACUGAGUGUUCCGGGCAGAAGGAAAAACUUGUUUGUGGCUCCGACGAGAAUAUUUAUAGAAACGAAUGUGAGAUGAAGAUGCUGAAUUGUGGGGUAAGCAACAGGAAGUUAGUGAAGAAAGUGGACAUGGAGAAGUGCAAAGCGAAAAUAUCGAAGUGUAUGAAAGUGAAGUGUCCGGCGGAAAGCGACCCGGUGUGCGGCACCGACGCCAACGUCUACGACAACCCCUGCCUGCUGAAGGUCGCCACUUGCCUCAAAGGCGUCCAACUAGCGCACUUCGGUAACUGCACUUUGUUACCGCGGAUGGAAACAGAUUGUCCUGAAAGCUGCGAUAAUUCUGUAGAAGAGCCUGUGUGUGGUUCUGAUGGGAAUGUUUACAAGUCGGAGUGCGAGCUGCGCCGGCAGUCGUGCGGGCAGCACGUGGUGGCGGUGGCGGCGCCGCACUGCCGCACCACGGCGCUGUGCCGCGGCCGCUGCCCCGACACGCCCGCCUUCGUCUGCGGCUCCGACAACCGCUUCUACCGCAACGAGUGCCUCAUGAAGAAGGAGAACUGCGGCAAACACAUCUACGUGGUGCCCCUGAAGCGCUGCCUGUCGCGCUUCCAGUACGCGGGGUGCGCGCGCGUGUGCUCGCCCGAGUACGACCCCGUCUGCGGCUCCGACGGGAAGACAUACUCCAACCGAUGCUUCCUCGACAUGGAGAACUGUCGCUCCAGAAGCCUCGUCCAGCUUAAGCACUUGGGAACAUGCUCAGAUCCCAUCGCAGAGGAACCCAAGAACUAUUUAUACCGA